CAGUCUGCGUGCAACUCUUGAAAAGUCCAUUCGAGUUCAGUUGCAGAGCUGAUCUCCAGCUUGACGAAAAUGCCUAACUACACAGUGACUGUCGCCACAGGCACUCAGUGGUUUGCUGGAACGGAUGACUACAUUUAUCUGACCCUGGUGGGAUCUGAGGGAUGCAGUGAGAGAACCCUCCUGGAUAAACCCCUCUAUAAUGACUUUGAGAGAGGAGCGGUGGACUCGUAUGAUGUUAAUGUGGGAGAGGACCUGGGUGAAAUCGCACUGGUGAAAAUCGAAAAGAAGAAAUACUGGAUGCACGAUGACUGGUACUGCAAAUACGUCACGGUGAAGACACCCUAUGGAGAUUACAUUGAGUUUCCUUGUUUUCGCUGGUUAGUUGAUGACAAAGAAGUGAUCCUCAGAGAUGGCAGGGCUCGAUUGCCACAGCAUGACAAGACUGGAGUGGCGAAACAGCACAGGCGCAAAGAACUGGAACAAAGACAGAAGACAUACAGAUGGAAGGAGUGGCACCCUGGCUUCCCUAUGAGUAUAGAUGCCAAAGCUCACAGCGAGCUUCCACGAGACAUUCAGUUUGACAGCGAGAAAGGAGUGGACUUUGUGCUCAACUACAGCAAAGCGAUCGAAAAUCUCUACGUAAACCAGUUCAUGCACAUGUUUCAGUCCUCAUGGGGAGAUUUUGCAGACUUUGAGCGUAUAUUUGUGAGAAUUAAGAAUACAAUAUCAGAAUAUGUGAUGGAGCAUUGGAAGGAAGACUUCAUGUUCGGAUACCAGUUCUUGAAUGGCUGUAAUCCAGUGGUCAUCAGGAAAUGCACAGAAAUUCCUGACAAGUUUCCAGUCACACAAAAGAUUAUUGAGGACAGUCUGGAGAGGGGUCUCACACUGGAACAGGAGCUAAAGGAAGGAAACAUCUUUAUUGCUGACUAUGAGUUAUUAGAUGGUGUUACUCCCAAUGCCACAGACCCAUGCACCCUUCAGUACUUGGCUGCACCCAUCUGUCUCCUAUAUAAGAACAGUCAGAAGAAAAUCAUGCCAAUCGCCAUCCAGCUGAGUCAGAAACCAGGAGAGGAUAACCCCAUCUUCCUUCCGAGUGAUGAUCAGAACGACUGGUUGCUGGCCAAGAUCUGGGUAAGAUCUUCAGACUUCCACGUACACCAGACAGUCACACAUCUUCUCAGGACACAUCUGAUAUCUGAGGUCUUUGGCAUAGCCAUGUUCAGACAGCUGCCUGCAGUUCAUCCUGUUUUUAAGCUGCUGUUACCUCACAUUCGUUUUACCAUCGCCAUUAACACGAAGGCUCGUGAGCAGCUCAUCUGUGAGUGUGGACUCUUUGACAAGGCUAAUGGAACCGGUGGAGGUGGCCAUGUAGAACUGGUCCAGAGGUCCAUGAAGACCUUCACAUACAGUUCCUUGUGUUUCCCAGAGGCUAUAAAAGAACGAGGCAUGGACAGCCAGGAGGAACUGCCCUACUACUUCUACAGAGAUGAUGGCUGCAGUGUCUGGGAGGUGGUGAAAAGUUUUGUGACAGAUGUAGUGGACAUCUACUAUGACAAAGAUGAAACAGUCCAGGAGGAUGAAGAAAUCCAGGCAUUUGUAAAAGAUGUUUGCAGCUUUGGAAUGCAGGAUUUUGACUACUGUGAGUUUCCCAAGAGUUUACAAACCAAAGAGCAGCUGGUGGAGUAUCUAACCAUCGUCAUCUACACUGCUUCUGCACAACAUGCUGCAGUAAACUUUGGACAGUAUGACUGGUGUUCAUGGAUCCCAAAUUCCCCUCCAACCAUGCGGAAGCCUCCUCCUACAAAGAAGGGCGAGGUGGAUUUGAAGUACAUAGUGGAGAGUCUGCCUGAUCGAGGACGCUCCUGCUGGCAUCUGGGAGCUGUGUGGGCCCUCAGUCAGUUUCAAGAAAAUGAGUUGUUCCUAGGGAUGUAUCCAGAUGAACACUUCAUUGAGAAACCUGUGAAAGAGGCCAUGGCGAAGUUCCGCAAGAAACUUGCAGAAGUGACUAAAGUCAUCAAGAACCGAAAUGAGGGAAAGAAACUGCCUUACUACUAUCUGUCUCCAGACAGAAUCCCAAACAGUGUGGCUGUCUGAUCCACCAGUCGCACGGGACCAGAAGUGCUAUGUUAGUAGUAGAAAGUGUUUUGUCAGAGUGUUAAAAAUUGGAAAAAGAAACGAUUUUAUAUAUGCAAAGUUUGCCACACUCUUAAAGCACCUUUAACAUCUACGCAACCUUUGCAUUUCACAAAAGAUUCUUUAUAGUGGAUAAAGGUUUUUAGAAAAAUAAAGGUUCCUUUAAAAACUGUUCACCUAAAGGUUCAUUAGGUUGAAUGGUUCUUCUAUGGCAUUACUUUGAAACCACUCCUCUGGAAUUUUUAUAGUGCAUAUGUAAUGUAAGAGAAGUUACAUAAUUCUGUAUAAUUUACAACUUCUGAGUAAUAAUAAUAAGAAAAUAUGUUAUACAUAGGUUGUAGCAAGAAUUUCAUGCCUUUUUAUUAUCCUAAUGUCAACAUUUUGCCAUUUCUACCCUUUACUUUACCAACAUGUCAAACAAAUGUUAUAUAUAUAUAUUCUUACAUUUUUUAUAAUUUUUUUCAGCACCAUUCUUGAUCACAAGGGGAGCUGUUUGAAAUGGCUUGUUUGCUUGAAAACACAGAUUAACAGAUUAAUUUUUGCAAUUAGCAUUUUUUAAAUGAAUGCCUACUAAUAAUAUUCAUUAAUGCAUAAAUCAUGAGCAGUAAAUUGAGAAACGUAAGCUUUGCAGGGACUGUAAAAAUUGUUUUCUGUGAAUAAAUAAACGGGCAGCUUUUU